UUUCACUUCUGAAUAUAUUUGAUUAGCCAAACAAAAACAAACCUUCUUUCUACCAAUUACUUGUUUGUGAAUGAAAAGCAAAACUAAAGUACCAACUAGCAUGGAAGAGCUGUACAACAUAAAACCGCGGGCACAGUGUAAAGUGAGGACUAACUAUAAACAAAGAGAAGCGUGGCGGGAAUGAAAGCCACCCCAAAUGCCCCAACUCGCGAGUGUAGUCCACGCUCCCAAUCCUUGACAUUACUCUUCUCUCCAAAGUGAUUAUGAACAAAAGACUCUCUUUUCUCUCCCACAACGAAAAAUCAAAGAUGAAAGAUUCAACAGAAACAGAUGCUAUCAGCGAUUCCCUUGAGCUUCUGAGUACCUUUCUGGACUCGGAGCUCCCAAGCGUGAGAAACUUCAAAGGGAAAUGGUCACUCGCCCGAGUCAAACUCACCCAACUCCAAACCCACCUCACCGAUUUCUCCGCCGAGUUCCCCAACGCCUCCACCACAAACCCCCUCUCCCUCCACCUCCUCCACUCAAUCUUCAAAACCCUAAACGACGCCGUUUCGCUCUCCCGCUCAUGCCAACCCCAAACCCUCCCAAACGGAAAACUCAAAACCCAAAGCGACCUCGACUCCCUCCUCGCCACCCUCGACCGCCACGUCAGCGACUGCGACAUUCUCUUCCGCAGCGGCCUCCUCCUCGAAAACGACGCCGUUUCCGUUUCCGUUUCCGUUUCAUCGAAACGCGAAGCCAUCCGCUCCGAAUCACGUAACCUAAUAACCCGUCUUCAAAUCGGGUCGCCCGAGUCCAAAGCCUCCGCCAUGGACUCCUUACUGGGCCUUCUCCAAGAGGACGACAAAAACGUGACCAUCGCGGUGGCCCAGGGAGUCGUUCCCGUGCUCGUGCGCCUACUCGAUUCCCCCCCCUCCGACACAAAAGAGAAAACCGUCGCUGCCAUCUCAAAAGUCUCCACCGUGGAAAGCGCGAAGAGCGUGCUUCUCGCGGAGGGCUUGCUCCUUCUCAACCACUUGCUUAGGGUUUUAGAUUCCGGAAGCGGGUUCGCUAUUGAGAAAGCAUGCAUCGCGCUUCGGGCGCUGAGUUUGACGAAGGAGAACGCUAGGGCGAUUGGCUCUCGCGGCGGAAUCUCGUCGCUUUUGGAGAUUUGCCAGGCUGGCACCCCUGGUGCACAGGCUUCUGCCGCCGCCGUGCUGCGCAACCUCGCCGCGUUUGAGGAAAUUAGAGAUAAUUUUGUUGAGGAGAACGCGGUGGUGGUUCUGAUUGCGUUGGCCUCCUCCGGAACCGCGGUGGCGCGUGAAAACGCGGUCGGGUGUUUGUCUAAUUUGAUUAAUUCGGAUUCUUCGUCGGAGGAGACCGAGGGUUUGUCGAAUUUGAGGAUUACGGUGGUGAAAGAAGGUGGUGUUGAGUGUUUGAAGAAUUACUGGGAUUCAGGGACUCAAAUUCAGAGUCUUGAAGUUGCGGUUGUAAUGUUGAGACAUUUGGCUGAAAGUGGUCCAAUUGGUGAAGUUCUUGUUGGUGAAGGUUUUGUUCAGAGGCUUGUUGGGGUGCUGAAUCGUGAGGUUUUGGCGGUUCGGAUUGCGGCGGCGAGGGCGGUUUACGCGUUGGGAUUGAACAGUGGGAGGGCGAGGAAGGAGAUGGGGGAAUUGGGGUGCGUUUUAGGUUUGAUUAAAAUGUUAGAUGGGAAGGGUGUGGAGGAAAAAGAAGCUUCUGCAAUGGCAUUGUCGGUGCUGCUGAUGCACCCGGCGAAUCGGAGGGUUUUCCGCAAGGACGAAAGAGGGGUUGUGAGUGCAGUUCAUCUCUUGAACCCUUCGUUGCAGGGGUUGGAUAAGAAGUACCCUGUUUCGUUGCUCGCUUUGCUUGUUCAUUCCAAGAGUUGCAGGAAGCAAAUGGUGGCUGCUGGAGCCUGUGUAUAUACGCAGAAGCUUGUUGAGAUGGAUGUUCCCGGGUCGAAGAAAUUCUUGGAGAGCCUCGGGCGUGGUAAGAUUUGGGGUGUUUUUGCUAGGCCCUAGAGGUGAUCUUGAAUUUCUGUAACAUGAAAGCCAUGAUUAUUCAUUACAUUGAUCUGUAUGCAUGAUAGGCGUGUUCAGGUUUCUUUUUCCCUUGUAAUUAUUUAUUAAUAAUUGAUGCUUGUAUGUAGAGAGGUAGUACGUUUUUUUCCUAAUGAUUUUAUCUGAGGACUUGUGUUUAUGUUUAGGAACAAUGACAUAAAAGUACAUGAUUUUGCGAUCAGUGGUAGAGUACAACCUAUCCACUUAGCUAAGUUUGGUUGCAUAUAGCAUAGGGAUAGUACAUAGUUGAUUGCUGAAAUACUACUUUGCAUACAAUGCUUUUUACUUGUAAUCAAUGAGGUUGAGUAUGUUCAGAUUGAAAUGUGAUUUUCAA